GCCCGGUCCGUCCCGCGGCGCAGGGAGGCGGGCCGGUGCCAGGGCUGCCGCCCGGGCCGGGGCCGCAGUCUGGGGCUCCCCCGCGGCGGCCCGCCGCCAUGGCCCGCUUCUCGGCCUUCCUCAACCCUGUCCUGGUGCUCUUUAGCUGCGACCUCUGCCUCGUGAAAGCCAACAGGCCACCAUCCCCUGUCAACGUGACUGUGACACAGCUGAAGGCAAACUCUGCCACAGUCUCCUGGGACGUCCCAGAAGGAGAUGUGGUCAUCGGCUAUGCCAUCUUACAGCAGCGGCAGGAUGGUCAGAUGCAGCGCUUCAUCCGGGAGGUGAACACCACCAACCGUGCCUGCGUGCUGUGGGACCUGGCAGAGGAUGCAGACUAUAUCAUCCAGGUGCAGAGCAUCGGCCUGUAUGGGGAGAGCCAGGCCAGCAAGCGCGUCCACUUCCGAACCUUGAAGGAGACUGAUCGCCUCCCUUCCAACAGCUCCAACCAAGGUGACAUCACCAUGGAAGGGCUGGACAAAGACAGACAACUCCAGACAGGAGAGAUUAUCAUCAUCGUGGCUGUGCUGCUCAUGUGGGCAGCGGUGAUUGCCCUGUUCUGCAGACAGUAUGACAUCAUCAAGGACAAUGACUCCAACAACAACAAGGAAAAGACCAAGCCAUCCUCAGAGCACAGCACUCCAGAGCGGCCAAGUGGAGGGCUGCUGCGGAGCAAGAAGUCUCCCUCGGUCAAUAUAAUCGAGGUGUAAAGUGCGGCACCGUCUCUACACCUGAGGUCCUGGGUGUCCUGCAGAGCCACAGCAGGCCCUGGGUGAAGAGGCAGCACCCAGUGCCCAGCCUGGACCUCUGCAUGCCAAGAUCUGUGGAUCAGGACUUACGCUUUCCUGAGGGCACCUAUCCAGGGAUGUGCAUGGCGCCAGCGCCCAGCCGUGCAUGCAGUGUGGGGCCUGCCCGCCCUGGCCCCACUCUCCUGCUGCUGCCCAGCAUGGAGCUGAGGGAGGCUGGUGGGACCCCAGCCCGGGGGGCAAGCCCUGGGGAGCAGAAGGGCUGGGGCACUGGCUUGGGGGGAGCCCCGGGGAACAGCAGCUGCCCAGCUGCCAUCAUGGAGCAGGCCUUACUCUGGGCUCCCCUUUCAGCCCAGAAGCUGAGGGGCUGGGGCAGUGCUCACCAUGGCCCCAGGGCCAUCAGGGAGGUCAUGGCCAGGUGGCAGGAGGUCUGUGGGGCUGAGCCCAGCGAACACAAAUGGAGAGUGGAUCCCUACUGGAGAAUUGCGCUUCACUACACCCCACUGUUGCCCUGCAGCUGCUCCAGGGUCUCUCCCUGCUGCUGGGGACAAGGACAGGGGUGAGCAGGAGGAGCUGGUGCUGCUGCAGUGCCCAGCAUUCCUGCAGAGCAUGUGGCCAGGGCAGGGAGUGCUGGCAGGAGUAGGUCUGUAGGGUGGUGUGAGUUCCCCGAGCCAGGGGAGCAGGAAUCGGCCAGGGCAUGGCUGUGGCUUUGCCCGUUUCCCUGGCAGGGCUCAGGUCUGACACAUUCAGGCUGAUUUUGAGGGAGCUGCUGAGCACCCUAUGAGCAGUGUGGUGCUGCCUGGAGGAGGUACUGUAACGAAGCCUAGCAAGAUCUCAGCAGACUCAGCAGGCUGUGCACUGCAGAGCUCAUCACCAUUCUGGGGACAGCCCUAGCUCCAACAGCAGCACAGCCUGCUCCUGGCUCCUUCUGUCUUCUGACUUUGUGUCACUGCUGAUGCUCGGGCUCCUGGAGCUGUCCCAGUGUACCAGGUUGGCUGAAGUGACACAGAGCUGUUGGAAGGGGCUGGCCCUGAAUGCCCUGAGCUGAUGGACCACUGGCUCGCUGUUACAUGCCCAUGUGAGGACAACAUGUGAGGACAACUUGAGCCACUGACUACCCUGGGGCUGGUAAAGAGGUGAUAUCAAGCCUGUGCUUGUUUGUGUCCCAGAGCCUGCAAGCAAAGUCUGUCCCUGCGUAUUCACACUGUUCUGUAUCCGAGGCUGUCUGGACCCAGUAAUGUCCCCUUGGCAGCGGUGGGAGGGUGGUACCAGGAGGCUCUCUGCUGCAGAGAUGGCAGCAGUGCCCUGGCUGCUGCUGUCUCACCAUGCUCUGCCCUGUGGCCUAUCACUGAGCCAGCCACUCUGCAGCCCUGGACUUAAGCAUCACAGGAUCCAGUGUCUUCCAGGAAUAAAUUUCCCCAUCAAACACUUUCAGGACUCUUCCUUCUAGGUGCUGCUCAGCUCCUGCUGCAGGACUGGGUGCGAAAGGGACAGGAUAAAUGACUCCCUAUGGCAGGGUCUUUUCAAUAAAAGCAUCCUGGCUCAAA